AUGAUGCGGAAAGGCGUCGUAGAUGUAGCGGAGUACAAAAAUGCUCCGCACGAGCUCAUGCUGGGACAACUGGCUGUUCUUGGAGGAACAACAAUCUGGUUAUCAAUCACCACUGCACUGAGCCUACCGGUAUCCACUACACAUGCAGUUGUGGGAUCCACACUUGGAUUCUCGCUGGUAUUGCGUGGAACAGAAGGCGUUGACUGGGGUGAGAUCUACAAAAUCGGUGAGUGA